AUGAAAUUCUCCGCCACUGCUAUUGUGGCUUCUGCCCUCCUGCUCCAAGAUGCAGCCGGUCGUGUCAUCGAACGUGCUACUGCUACUCCUGUCAAGAACACUGGCAAGCGUGGUCUGUCAUACAACAACCCUGCUUACACCAUGCCUUUCUCCCUGUCCGGUCAGAACUCGCAAGUCUCUUGGGCAUACAACUGGUACCAAACUCCUGGUAGUGGAUUCAACCCUGCGCUUGAAUAUGUUCCUAUGCUGUGGAGCAACGCUUCCGACCUUCUCAGAGAUUGGCCAACCAAUGCACAGGCUGCCAUCAACGCUGGUAGCAAGCAUCUUCUGGGCUUCAAUGAGCCUGACCUUUGCGUCGCUGGCGCUGGAGCCUCUUGCAUGGAAAUGGACUAUGCUGUCAAGGCUUGGAAGCAAUACAUGGAGCCUUUUGCUGGCAAGGCACUUCUCGGCUCCCCUGCUGUGACCAACGGAGGUUCGCCCCUCGGUCUGACUUGGCUUUCGAACUUCAUGGGCAACUGUACUGGCUGCCACAUCGAUUUCAUCAACAUUCACUGGUACUCGAACAAAUGGGCUGGUGCCAACUACUUCAAGCAGCAGGUCCAAGCUGCUCAUGCCAUGUCUGGAGGUCGUCCCGUCUGGAUCACCGAGUUUGGUCUUGACAACAGCGACGGCACUUACACGACUGCUGAGCUCCAAUCCUUCUUGGAAGAAGUCAUGACCUGGAUGGACGAGACCGACUAUGUCCAACGCUACGCCUACUUCAUGGACACCACCGGAAUGCUCAUGAACUCUGCCGGUACCGACAUGAGCGACACUGGCAACAUGUACAACAGUUACCCCGAGGUGAGUUCUCCCUCUUCGACAGCUGUGCUGUCAUCUUCCUCAUCAUCAUCUUCGACGGCUGCGCCGUCUUCCACCUCCUCUUCCGUAACCUCACUCGCUGGUUCGACAUCGACUUACGGUUCCUCAAGGAUUACGAGUGCGACGACUAGUUCGUUGACAACCAUUUCUACCAGCAGCAAGGGUUCUGCCGCUACAUCGACUACACAGAACUCUUCCUCUUCCACCAAAUCUGCCUCCCCUUCAUCGACCACUACGAAAUCUAGCGUCGGUACAUCGACUUCAUCGGCUGCUGCAACAGCUUCUGCCGGCAUUCAAAUUCUCAGCGCCUUUUUCGCCGACAAAGACGUCACCACCGCUGCCAGAACUGCUUUUGUACAGAGUGGCAAUCUGGUCGUCAACACGUAUACUCUUGCCUCUGCAUUGUCAGUGUCUGACCCUUGGUGGGGCACUGUAAAGACAAUCUCGGUCUUGUAUUCCUACAACGGCGCCACCUACAUCUUCUCCCAAGCCGAGCAGACCGGCACCUACACAAUCACACCCUCCACCAUCGCCGCUUCUGCAAAAACACCUUCCAUCGCAGCUACCCAUGGCGCAACCGUCAACAUCAUCGGUAUGGUUUGGGGAGCACAACAAAUCAAAACCGCUAGCGUGUUCGACCGCGUCGACUAUGAGCAAUCCACAAACUGGGGUUUCCAGAUCACCACCGCACUAUUCGGCGUCGACGGCUUCUGGGGCCAUGCCAAAGUUGGCAUCAUUUGGUACAAAGAUGCACAGGGUGUAUUGAAAUCUCUUGUCAGCAAAGAGAAUGGAUGGGUCAAGUUCUAA